AUGUAUCCAGGCGCAGCUCGUCCAACCUAUAACCAACAGCAGCAACGGUUGCAGGAGCAACAGCAACAACAGCAGCAACAAUAUCAGCAACAGCAGCAGUAUCAUUAUGGAAACCAAGGUUAUAAUAGACCUAACGUCCCACCUCCUGGCAACUACAGACCGCAUAUGCCGCUGCCGUCCAACCCUCAUCCAAAUGUAGAGUAUGGUGCGCCUAGACCACCAAUGCCCCCACCAGUAAGGAACUAUAGUACUGGCCAUGAGGAGCCUUAUAAUGAUCCCGAUGUUGCGCCGCCUCCUUAUACUCCAACCCCCACUCCUCAAAACGAUAGUGGAACAUUCUCUAGCCAGAAUGACAUUCAACUAAAUCACUCUUCAAACUUCUCUAAUAUUCAAGGCCCUGCUAACUAUAGUAAGCCUAAUAAUACGUCCGUUCCCCCCAACUCUACCCAAUAUCUGGGUCCUGGUAACCAACAAAUAUCCUAUCAAUAUUCGCAAUGUACGGGGCGUAGAAAGGCGCUGCUGAUUGGUAUCAAUUAUUUUGGUACUAGAAGCGAGUUACAUGGGUGCAUCAAUGAUGCCAGAGCCAUGUUCAAGUUUUUAACCGCACGUUACGGUUAUAAACCUGAAGAUAUAGUCAUCCUAACUGAUGAUCAACGAGACCCAGUUCGUGUUCCUACGAAAAACAACAUUCUUAGAGCCAUGCACUGGUUAGUCAAGGAUGCAAGACCUAAUGAUGCAUUAUUUCUUCACUAUUCGGGACAUGGCGGGCAAGUUGAAGAUCUAGAUGGAGACGAAGAAGACGGAAUGGAUGAUGUUAUAUAUCCGGUCGAUUUCCAAAUAGCGGGAGAGAUUGUGGACGACCUCAUGCAUGAUAUCUUGGUGAGACCUCUAUUACCAGGUGUACGUCUGACAGCCCUGUUCGACUCGUGCCAUUCAGGAACAGUUUUAGAUUUGCCUUAUACGUAUUCUACGAAAGGUGUUAUCAAGGAGCCUAAUGUUUGGAAGGAUCUAGGUUCUGGUAGUCUACAAGCUGCAAUGGCGUAUGCAACAGGUAAUGGUAUGGGUAUGGUAAGCUCUCUUGGAUCAGCUUUCCGUAGUCUCACGAAAUCAGGCGGGACAGAUAGGGAACGUAUGAGGCAGAUUAAGUUUUCGCCUGCGGAUGUGAUUAUGUUCAGUGGCUCUAAAGACAAUCAGACAUCAGCCGACACUAGCCAAGGUGGAGUUGGAGCUGGUGCCAUGUCUUAUGCGUUCAUAAAUGUCUUAUCGAAGCAACCUCAGCAAUCAUAUCUAUCGCUACUACAAAAUAUGAGAGAAGAGCUCAGAUACAAAUACUCUCAAAAGCCGCAACUAUCUUCAUCACAUCCUAUUGAUGUGAAUUUACAGUUCGUCAUGUAA